AAGAUCAGCGGUAAAAAAUAUCCAAAAUGGCCGACGAGAAAGGCCGGGUAUUGGUUGUGAGUUGUAGUUCGUUUUUAUCUUCCCAGGAUACCAUAAAACAGAUUUGUGGAGACAAUUCCUUGCCGACUCCAAGCGCAUCGCCUGGGAACAAUCUGUGUGCGGUUCCAUGGAUGAUAGAGAAUAAAUACUUCACAGCACACAUUGAAUUUUGUUACAGCAGUAAUUUGUCUGCCCCCAAUGAUGUCAUUAAAGGAAACAAUAGUGAUUUUGAGGGGAUGAUAAUUGUUUAUGAUCACCAAAAGUCUUCAAGUAGGAAAGAUGUUAUGCUUUGGUCAGUGUACUUAGACUCAUUAGAAGUAAACCCCUCAGUGUGCUUGCUACUCAACACUGGAGAAGGGGAGAGCAGUGAGCCUGAAGUGGAUCAAAAAGAGAUUGUGGAGUGGUGCUUGAGAAACUCCUUUGAGCUGGUGGAGUUGAAGCCUGAUAAUGAUGUGGACAACUCUGAUGGUGAAUUUGGGGAGCAGACAGGUUUUGGGCGAGUUGUACAAGCCCUGCAGUGUGGGGAGUGGCCCAAUAUCAAGUUAAAAAGUGAGCAAAAGAAGCCAGCAAAGAAUGAUGCAAAUGGUUUAGCAGUGGUUUCAGAAGAAGAGAAACCUGAAGUGUCUGAACCUGCAACUGAAUCAGCAUCACAACAGGAAAAGAAGAAUGGCAAUUGUGCCAUGGAUGCGAGUGCGGUGUUUCCUGAGGAGGAAAUGGAGCUGUUGAGCAGACUUGGCAGUGAGGAUCCAGGAGAUGAGUCUUUCGAGGAGCUCUUUACACGGCUGCAACACAUGAAAGAACGUGCUGCCUGCCUUCCCGAUAAUGAGAGGAAAUCGUAUGCCGAAAAGGUCGCGGUAGCUUUCUGGAAAGCAAUGGGCGGAGAUGAGGACGAAAUAUCGGGGUUGGAUGCCGACAGUGAUUGAUUGAAAGGCAUUGUCUAGCAAAUCUGUCAUAAUGUUUUGCAAUAGAUAUGUGUUACCCGCUGCGGAUCCUGAAAAACCUUUUUUCCUGUAGUAAAAAGCUUGGCAAAGCGGAAGCGGUUUGCGAAGCAGGUGUGCUAUUGCAAGAUGAGUCUCAUGGUGGCAGUCUUUGUAUAUAUAUAUGUGUAUGUUUUAAAACACCUUUAUGUGAUCAGGCUUUUUAUGUGAGAACAGUAGAAAUGAAUUCUUAAAGUACAUGUAACGAAUUUGAACUUGAUUCGGUUUGAAGAGCCAGCGAAAUCUCCAUACGUUUUAGUAUUGAUAUUUACCCUGGCUACGUGAGGCUCCAAACUUUACACGUAACAGACUUCUUUAAAGUGAAGCUUUCAAGCCUCUUGUACCCAAGGUAAUUGAUAUGAAAAAUGCGCGAUUGAGAGAAGAGGAUAAAUAAAACCGAGCUAAUCUUUA